UAUAAGAGCGGCGGGGAUGCAGCGGGCUGCGCACAGGCAUCACACAGGCAUCACACCCAGGAUGGGAGUUCAAGGUUUGACCACUUUGAUAGAAAACCACCGGGGUAUUUACCGGGACGUCAAGUUCAGGAGGAGCCGGCUAGUGAUCGACGGCAGCAACCUCAUCCACCUGCUCCACUUCAACCCAGGUCUGGACCAACAUCAUGGCGGGGAAUAUGCUGCGUUUGAGGUCCUGCUUGAGAACUUCAUCAAAGCCCUCAGAGACUGCAGGAUCACGCCAUACGUGGUUUUGGACGGAGGGUCAGACCACACCGACAAGAAGCUCCAAACUGUGACUGAAAGAGCCAGGGAUCGGAUCAAGAAAGUCCAUCAAAUGGCGGAGGGUGGUGGGCGGGGGGGCAUUCUGCCACUACUGGCUAAGCUGCUAUUCAUACAGACACUUGAUCGGCUGGAGGUCCCGGUGGCUGUGAGCUAUGGAGAGGCUGACCAGGAGAUUGCCGCCCUGGCCUACGAGUGGAACUGCCCGGUGCUCUCUAACGACAGCGACUUCUACAUCUUCAACCUCCCGGCGGGGCUGCUGCCCAUCUCCUACUUCCAGUGGGAGACGGUGCAGCAGAGUGGCUCGCAGAGCUACAUCCGCUGUAAGAGCUACAACACCUCCAGCUUCUGCAUUGUCUUUGAAAUUCAGCACCAACUCCUGCCUGCCUUCGCCGCCUUGGCUGGGAAUGACUAUGUAAAGCUGCAGAGGAUGGAGUCACGCAUCACCUGGGCUCAGUUCGCCUCAGAAGACAGCGCAACAGCAAGCAACCUGGAGGGGCUACUCUGCUGGCUGAAGGGCUUCCACCAGCCUCAGGAGGCCUUUGAGGCAGCGCUGGGGCUGAUGGGAGAGCUGAGCAAGCAGAGAAAGGCAGAGGUGCUGAAGGGCUUGGAUCUGGGGAUGAAGGAGUACAACUUCCCUCCCAGCUCCCUGAAGAAGUUCUUCAUCCAUGGGGUGGUACCUCCAUUCCCAGCAGUGGAAGAGGUGGCGAGUCGUGUCCCAUACUGGAUCCGGCUGCCGCUGACACAAGGCCGGAUGAGUCCAGACAUCCUGGACGUGCUUCUGCUGCAGAGGAUGAGCUUCAGUUUCCCCGUGGACCACGCAGACAUGCCCAGCUCUCACCUGAUCUCCAGGCCGCUCCGCCAGUUGCUAUACGGGCUGCUGCUGGGAAAAGGGAAGGAGGUGACGGAGAGAGACAGAGACGGCCUCCAACUUAAAUUCAUCCCAGUCCAAGCUGUCGUCACAGCAGUCACUAAGAAGCUGAAACUCGACUCAUUGGAUCAGGUGGAGCCCUGUGUGCGUCUGCAGGUGUUACUGGAUGCUCUGGGGGUGACUGAGGCCUCCCUGAGCUGCCUGCCGCCUCAGCUGCGCCUCCCGGUGGCCGCCACCUGCUACUGGCUGCAGAGAGCUCAGCCUCCUCCUGAUGGCGCGCUGCUGAAGGCGCUGCUGCUGGGAAUGAGUACUGGAGACACACUGAGACACAGAGCAGAUCUCAAGAUUCAGAUUAAACGCAGACCAAAGCUGGACGUGGGCGUGGCUAGUGCCUUCAACCAAUGGAAGACCUGCCUUUCAGUCAGCAUCAAGCUGAACCAGGUGCUCAGCUUACCCUUACCUACUCCUCAGAUCGCCAGGUUGUACGAGGGGACGUUGGUCCACCAGCUGGUCCACAGGAUGAGGUCAGGUGGAAGAAUUAGGCUGUUUCAAAAAUACAAUCAUGAGAGUGUGAAACUCUACAAAACAAUGCAGGCCGUCGUCCAUCAGUGUCACACUCGGGAGGCAUCAGCGCCCUCGAACAGCCAACAGAGAGCGGCGGCUCCGCAGCGGCAGCCUCUGGACGACCUGACCGUAGGCCUGCAGCAGCUGUUCGUCCUGUACGGGGACGACGACAAGGAGGCUGUGAAAGAAGCUCACAGCAUGUUACAGGUACAGGAGGAUCUGCAUCUAAACGACAUGGUGGCGGUGAGAACUCGGUACAGAGCCAAAGAGAGAAGCAACCGGUGCAAGAACCCAGAACUGGCCCGUAAAGAGGAGUGCAGGGGCUGGGACAUCCUCUGAGCUCAGACAUCCUGUUCAUGGACUCUCUGGACACAAAGACUUAAGACGUUCCUCCUGGCGUUCACACUCCGGGGGUUGCAUUUCUGCACUGCAUUUACACGUCAAUAUAUUUUUUCAAAUUGUUGUUUCUAUCAGUACUUGAAAGAAGAACGCAAAUUUUACACAGCGAGAGAGCCUCUUUUUUUGUUUUUUGUUUUUCUCCCAGAGGAAGGUGAUUUUUCGGAGCAUUUGUGCCGACAUUACCGGCUUCCGUACUGUUCUAUAUAUAUAGCAGCAC